AUGGAGUUGAAAAAGCUGCUGCUGGGCAGCAUUCUGCUGUUCGGCGCAGCAGAUGCCUUACCAAAGCGUAAGGAUGGCAGCAAUCAAUCCAUCUACUUGCGCCUGUACUCCAACAACUUGUCCUCCUAUUUGCUCGUCAACUACGACAACCAGUGCUACGGCUACGUCGACAUCGACCUCAACCGUCACUGUGACCACGACUACAACGGUAAGUACGACCUCUUCGACAAGCAGCUCCCGAAGCGCGACGACUUCAACCGGCACAGCCUCAACUUCGACAGCGUCAACGAGCUCUCGAAGCGUGACGACCUCGACCGGCACAGCCACAACGAGCCUGACAUCCUCGACAAGCACUCGAAGGCCUACGACAACCUCCACAAGCACUCGAAGGCCUACGACAUCAUCCUCGACUGGCACAGCCACAACGAGCCCAUCAUCCUCGACAAGCUCUCGAAGCGUGACAGCCUCAACCGGCACAUCUUCAACGAGCUCGACGUCAUCGACCAGCUCCCGAAGCGCGACAACUUCGACCGGCACAGCGUCAACAAGCACUCGAAGCGCUACGACCUCGACUUCGACUGGCACAGCAACAACGAGCCCCUCGACCAGCUCUAG